AGCGGAAUGUGUGCCUUAUUUCCCUCUAUCUAUUUUUUAGCGCGUCAAUACAAGAUACCAUGCCAAUCCUUACACGCAAACGUAGGCUGACUACUCAACACUUGAUUCAUUAUGAGAUCAAACCUGUGGAGACUGUACAACCAUUAAUGGAUAUCCAAAGUCAAUAUGAUAGAUCAGAAGUACAGAGAAUAUAUGAAAUGGUUCUAUGCAAUAAAACCACAAACCAUAUACGCCCAACAAAGCUUAGAAGAGUAUCCAAAGACACCGAAAGUAUGUCUGAAGAUGAAAGACCCAGUACAGUAUUUGAUGUGGAUACACUCCAAAUCAGUGAGAACAAUGUUCUUCCUUGUGAUGGAGACAGAGUCCAUAAUACACGCAGAAGGCCCCCACCUAUCAUGAUUAAAAAGGAACCCUCUUUAGAGCCUGAUUUAUUGGUACCUGUCAAAACCAAUCCCAAAUCAAGCAGAAAAGCACCUCUUUUAUCUUCUUUUUUGAAAUAUUCAUCCCAUGUCUCGUCAAAGAAUGAACCAAAGCCAUUUAUUGUCACGGAUCAUGAAUUAGGGAUUGGGCAGAUGAGUCUGGUUCGAUUAGGCAAGUUUGGUCAAUUACAGAUUGCUUGCAAGUCCAAGCGUCCUUUUACAAACAGAGAAUCCUAUGAUACACAAGCAGAUCGCGAAUUGGAAUUUGCAGCUAAAUUGUCUGCCUGUAGAUACACAAACAAAUAUUUGGGCUGGACAUUAGCGAGAAAAACUCAAGUAGAAGAAGAGCAUUUAGCGAAACCAAAGAUGAUUAAGAAUGAACGCAAAACACUCUAUAUUGUUCAAAAGUAUAUAGCCAAUGGUGAUGCCAGAAGUUAUUUAUAUAAGCGAGAAACAAAAUUUCAUCCUCAAGAAGUACUUCAGGCUUCUAUUUGCUUAUUCUCUGCUUUAACAGACGCGCAUAAAUUGGACAUUGGGUUUGUAGACUUGAAACUGGAAAACUUUUUGAUUGAUUCCUCAGGUGCAGGUUGGUUGACUGAUUUUGGUUCUUGUAUUGAAUUCAAAAAGGGAAAACAAGUGAUUGACCUGAAUGAAGAAGACAUACAAUGGACAGAGAAUGUCGCAUCACCAGAAAUGCUAAUACAACAUCAAUUUUCAAAGGCAUCAGAUGUAUUUAUGGCUACCAUCAUUGUUGCUGAAAUGAUGACUUCAGAUCUCAGUGAUGAUGAAUUCCAGAAACUGAUAUUAAGAAGACAUGCUAAAGUUCGCCAUGAAGUUGCUUUUUCAUCAGACAACAUUCACAAGAAAUACAGACAUUUCUUUCCUCUCUUAAAAGCAGGUUUAGUGAAUGACCCAAGCAAAAGACCUACUGCUGAAGCCAUGCUGACCACACUGUUACAAAUGAAAAAAUAAAAUUUCUAUUCUUAAAAGGCUCUUUGCCUUGUCACCAUCUCUUUCCACAUACGCAAAUCACACAGAAAAGACCAAAUUGGGUAUCGAAAAGUAGCUGGUUUAUUUUGUUCAAAUACAAAAUGACCAAACCAAGCAAAAGCAUAAGCUUGAAUUAUACCAGCCAAUGCAAGUGUUGGCUUGGAUUGUUGAAUAGCCAGCAAAGUCAGUACCAUUGUGAUCGAAGUUCCUUUCUUUUUGUUAUUUUAUAUCAAAUAUAGACUUUAUUUUCUACCUAAUACAUGCAGUCUUCGAUUGAUCUUAUUACCAUGUUCACCCAAAUAAAAAGGAUAAAAUGCUUCUAAAGACUUGAAUCCAUCUUUAGGCUCUACUUGCUUAACAUAAGAGGGGUUCAUU